UUGGGGCGGCGGCAUUAGCUGGCGGGGGGCUCGCCCACGGAAGACGAGGAGGCGGUAGCCGUGCAGCGGAGCCAGCGAGGAGGCAGCUCGGAAGGACAAGGCAGGACGAGGACCUCCCCGGCGCGGCAGAGAUUCGGCGCGGCUCCUGCUGCUGGCUUUCUCAAGCCAGGCUUACAGCUGGUAGAAUGAAAAAGUUUAAGAGAAGACUUUCUCUAACACUGCGUGGGAGCCAGACUAUUGAUGAGUCACUUUCUGAACUGGCUGAACAAAUGACAAUUGAAGAAAAUAGCAACAAAGAUAACGAGCCCAUUGUGAAGAAUGGCAGACCUCCAACAUCACACAGCAUGCACUCAUUUCUUCAUCAGUAUACAGGAUCCUUCAAAAAGCCUCCACUGCGAAGACCACACAGCGUUAUAGGGGGCAGCCUGGGUUCUUUCAUGGCAAUGCCAAGAAAUGGGAGCAGAUUAGAUAUUGUACAUGAAAAUCUAAAAAUGGGAUCAGAUGGUGAAAGUGACCAAGCUUCUGGAACAUCAUCUGAUGAAGUUCAAUCCCCAACAGGUGUUUGUCUCAGGAACAGGAUACACAGACGGAUAUCCAUGGAGGACUUGAAUAAACGUUUGUCACUGCCUGCAGACAUUAGGAUACCUGAUGGAUAUCUCGAAAAGUUGCAAAUAAAUAGUCCACCGUUUGAUCAACCAAUGAGUCGACGAUCUCGUAGAGCAUCAUUGUCUGAAAUUGGAUUUGGAAAAAUGGAAACGUACGUCAAAUUGGAAAAGCUUGGUGAGGGCACCUAUGCAACAGUAUAUAAAGGAAGAAGUAAGCUGACGGAAAAUCUAGUAGCUUUAAAAGAAAUCAGAUUAGAGCAUGAAGAGGGUGCACCAUGUACAGCUAUUAGGGAAGUGUCAUUGCUAAAAGAUCUAAAACAUGCAAAUAUUGUUACGUUACAUGAUAUUGUUCAUACAGACAAAUCAUUAACUCUUGUCUUUGAGUAUCUGGACAAAGACCUAAAGCAAUAUAUGGAUGACUGUGGGAACAUUAUGAGUGUGCAUAAUGUAAAGUUAUUUUUAUACCAGAUUCUGCGUGGUUUGGCCUACUGUCACAGAAGAAAAGUACUACACCGGGACCUAAAGCCACAGAAUCUACUAAUUAACGAAAGAGGAGAAUUAAAGCUAGCGGACUUUGGCCUGGCUAGAGCAAAAUCUGUUCCUACGAAGACUUAUUCAAAUGAAGUUGUCACAUUAUGGUAUAGGCCUCCAGAUGUUCUCCUUGGAUCUUCUGAAUAUUCAACACAAAUUGAUAUGUGGGGAGUUGGAUGUAUAUUUUUUGAAAUGGCAUCUGGAAGACCUCUCUUUCCUGGGUCAACUGUGGAAGAUGAAUUGCACUUAAUUUUCAGACUUCUGGGAACUCCAUCACAAGAAACAUGGCCAGGUAUUACUUCCAGUGAUGAGUUUAGGAAUUACAACUUUCCCAAGUACAAGCCACAGCCUUUGAUCAACCACGCUCCAAGGCUUGAUUCAGAAGGGAUUGAACUGAUAGUAAAAUUCCUUCAAUAUGAAUCAAAGAAAAGAAUUUCAGCAGAAGAGGCUAUGAAACAUGCAUAUUUCAGAAGUCUUGGAACUAGAAUACAUACCCUACCAGAAAGUGUGUCAAUAUUCACUUUGAAAGAAAUUCAGCUACAAAAAGAUCCAGGCUUUCGAAAUUCCACUUACCCAGAGACAGGACAUGGGAAGAACAGAAGGCAAAGCAUGCUUUUCUGAGGCGGGCAGUGCUGUUUCAAGCUCAAGGCUGGCUUUACCUCCAUCAAGGAUUCUGAUCUGAAAGCAGUUCUUCCCUUGGUGGACUUGAAAUCUGUUUGUCUACACUGUCCUCCUCACAGUGCAGUCUUUUUAUUUCAGACCUACUGGUUUUUUGGUUUUUUUGUUUUAAUAUAUAAAUAUAUAUAUUUGUUGUCACAAUGUGACAAAUUUUUGUACAGUCAAUUUUAAGGUCUCCUCCACCAUUAGAUCCAGUAGGUUACAACUGUUAAUGUAACAGUAGCUGCAAUUUUUGUGCAGGACUGAGAAACACAGUGCAUUAUUUAUUGCGUAAUCAUUGCUGCUAAAUAACUACUGUCUGUAUAGUUAAGAAACAACUGAAUGCCUGCAAGAGUUGCGGUGGCUUUAUAUGCUAUGUGAAUGCCUUUGUUUCUCUUUGGAUUAUUGCUGCAGUUUUAUAUCUUUGGUUUUUUUAACUGCAAUGUUUCCUGGAAUGUAAACACAGCUCUCUUGACUGUUAAAUAGUUACUAUUCACUUUAACGCUCUCUAGUUCUUGGCCUGUAAAAUGUAUUAUUUAACAUUAGAUGUAAAGUAACUAGAAUGUUACCAAAUAUCUUUUAAAAGCACUUACUACAGAUAUUAAUUCAAACAAAUGCAAAAUUACCUGGGAUCAAGUUCCAGAACUCUUAUUUUGGCUUAUAUCAGAAAUGAUAAACCAUCUGUAUGUGACUCAUAACUGUUAUCUCCCUUCUCUAAUUUUUUCUAAAGUGCACACUUCUUAGAAUAUUUUUAAUACGUGGUAUUUCACUAAAUGUUCUAAUGAUUCAAGGCAAACUAUGGGUGCGAUGCAACCCAGCUCUAUUCUCUAAUUGCCACCUGCUUUGGUGGCUGUUUUGCGAACACAUGUUCACUGGAAAGCCACUAAAGAAUGCAAGUCCACAAUAAAGAAUAUAUAACAUUAUUCUGCAGGCUCCACCAAGUAUGAGAACUUAGAGAGUUUUAAAGGUUUUAGAUGUUAUCUGUUUAUUGGAGUUAAGUCAUCAUAUUACAGUACUACUAAACUUACGUAUCUCAGUGAGUAUCAUAAGUACCUCCUGGUGAUAGGAACAGUAUUUUUCAGCAUUUGUGUUCACCGUUUGGAACCUCUUUGUUUAGUGCAUCUUCCAGAGGCUGUAAAUCUUUAUUAGUAUAUUUUGAAAUGGUUAUGUAAAUCUUUGGCUGAUAUAUCAUGAAAAAUAGUCAUAGAUAACUUAAUUUUUUUUUCCUGAUGUUCACUGUAAAACAUUCAGGGGUCCUACCAUUUCUGUUCAGGAAAUCUUGUAGUUGAUUAUUGUUAUUUAACAGUAUUAAGUGAAAGAUUUUGUAUGUUUCUUUUAACUUUAUUUGUGAAUAGUGAUUGUGGCAUGUUUUGGAAUGUUUUCUUAAUGUUUUAUGAUAAUAGUAAAAAUUAAUUUGGGAAUUUUUUUUCUGGAAAAGAAGUCAAAUUUAUGUAAAAUGGUGACUAUUGGACCACUGCUGCUUUUCAGCAUUUGUAAACUGGUUUUACACUUAGCGAAGCCCAGUAGAGCUAACCAACUGCUGUUUAUUUCUAACUGAUGGACCUGUAUUAAUUUUGUACUUUUGAAAGUAUAAAUAUUAUAUGGAAAUCUUCAAUAGUGUUCAGACAUUCUAUGAUCACUAGCAUUCCACCAUGCAGCUUUGAGAAACUUUUUUGCAGUUCCCUCACCUUCCUAAAAUCACUUCCCAAAAUCAUUGAUGAACUGAAGAAAGAUUUCCUGUCACUUUUCAGCAACAAUAAACCUUAAUUUUUAAACAUGACUUCCCUUGAAAGCUUUAAGCUUUCCCACCCUGUAUUAUGUGUUUUUAAACUUAGCAACUGAUCCAGUGAAAUCUGUACAAAAACUAGUUUGUAGAUGUAGUUUGGCUAUAUUGAAGUAGCCAGAGGACAUGUAGAGACUGUGGUUGGUUGAAUCUGGAAUACACUAUUGUUGUUUGUAAAGAAGGUUUAAACCCAACUUUCCAGAUUCAAAACUGGUUUAGAAAACUGCUGCUUGACAAACCAGUAAGACAUCAACCAAUAAGGGCAUAGCAGGAAAGCAGGGAGGAAAUGCGAUUUUUAAACUCGUGAAGUAACUCAGAAAUUGCCUUUUACUCAGCAGAAUUGUGGUUAUUUCUCCUACUAAUAUAUCUGCAUAAAGCAUUAUUACAGUUUAAGAGAUUUGAUCUGUUUCUAAUGUACACAUCCAUUUCUGGGUGGAACCACAUAUGUUCCUUCCUUGACUGGAAAAUACUCUGCACAAAGGAAGAGGAAUUGAGAUGACAUUUGCUUACUCUCCUUGCAGCUCCUCACCAUCUUUCUCUUAAGGAAAGAGGAAGAAUUGGCAAAAAGUUCUUCUACAUUCCUCCAGCAGGAAUCCCCUUGCUCAAGAGAACUUUGAACCCAGCCCUCAGAAUUUCGUGAAAUUCUGACCAGAAUUUCUAACAAACAGGGAUUAAAUGCUAACAAAUGGAACAGAUGAGAUGCAAAACAAAAAUCUUCAUAGCUAAUAGAAAAGGAAUUGAAAUUGUUAUACAUGACAUUACCAAAUGUUACAUUUGUUAUUUAAGAAUUUGUUGAACAUUUCUAAUCUAUAAAUAUAAGUUUCUCACUUAUCAACUGGGCUCGGUGUUAUUCUCAUUAAUGCUACUUGAAAUGUAUGCAAUCUUUUAUUUUUUUUUUCUAAGCAUUACAAUAUCCUCACAACAGCUCUGUGAGGUAGGUUAAGUAAAUAUCUUGAAGAUAUUCCAGUGUUUACAUACGUAAAGAGUGAAUUAAAAUAAUUAAAGAUUUUUUCAGGGUUAGAGGAUAUUUAUGUUGGAAAGCAGGAAUGUUUAAGGCAGCAUUCCUCUUCCUGACAUCCUUUAGUCAUACUGGGCUACAAAUCCCAGCAUACCUAGCCAAUAAUGCAAUGCCAGUUGAGAGUUGUACUUGCAGCGCAUCUGGGGGAAAGCCUGGCUUAAUAGAUAUUUUGUUGGUAUCUUGUUUAGUCAAUUGUACUUCAAAAAGAUUGUAUGCAAAUAUGAAUAUCUUCUGAAGUAUCUGACUUGGUAGAGCAGAUGUACAGUAUGUGUUAACAGUGGUGCCAUUUAAAAGUUUUGUUUGAAAACUGUUGUGAACAAAUAAACAUAUUUGGCUGUGUCUUGCA